GCCAGUCUCCCGUAGGAUGUGUCAGGGGGAGGAUGUUGGCCCCGUGGCUCUCCUCCCGACUCGGUGAAUGAUGUUGGACUGAAGGCGGAUCUAAAUUAUCAUUCCUAUUCCUCUCCGUCCAGUGAAAGUGAUCGUGCAGUGUGGUCAGUCUUAUGGGGCAGGUGUGGCUGUUACCAGUGUUACCUGGGGCCGCCUACCACCACCACCACCGCCUUCACCUGGAUUUUACCUGUUGAUUUGGGAAACAUUUAUGGAUACUGUUUUAUUUAUUUAUUCUUUUUAUCUCCGCCUUGUGUUGUUGGUGUCGUUCUUCGUCUUCUUCGAGGCCGCCUAAUGUAUGGAAAGAAAGUAAAGAGGGAAAACAAGAGUCGUGAAUAAAGUGUAAGAAAAAGAAGAGAAGAGAACGAGAGAUAAAAGAGAUAAGAGAUUGGGAGAGCCACCACCACCACCACCACCACCAACAACAACAACAACAACAACAAGAACAACAACAACAACAAGACCACCAAAAUGCAAGCCGCCAUGAAGACCUCCGCGACAGAAUUUUUCACGGGACUUUCACCACUAAAAGGUGGUAGCGGGGUGUCGGGCAUGAACGGGUCCUACCUGGCCAACGGGCGGUCAGGGCGCUGCCACUGCUGCCCGUAUGGCUACCACAUCGACCUGGACUUCGUGCGGUACUGCGAGAUGCUCAACCAGGUCUCCAAGAAUGACAACCCCACCCUGCGCCACCUCAAGAACCUCAAAAGGGCGCGAAGAAGACAAACCCAGUCCAUGGAGGUUCUGCUGGGGCUCGAACCUGGGACGGAGGGGGGUGGUGAGGGGGGUAAGACAGGCAGCACCACCACCACCACCACCCAUCACCACCACCACACCACCACCUCCUCCACUCCGUCCCCUUCGUCGUCUUCCACCUCCACCAACACCGUCAAUUAUAACAGUCUUCAGCAGUUCCCGAGGCUGCAGAUCAUCGAGGAGCCCAGCAAGACAGACUUCAAAACUCGACCACAGGGGAGAGAGAAGACGCCCCCUCCUCCUCCUCCCCCCCGGCGCUGCAGGCCCCUGGGGGGCAGCGGGGGGGCGGGGGGGCCUCCUCCUGACGUUAUCAACACCUCCAGAAGGGCAGUGCAUGACGCCUUGGCCGCCAUGAACAAUAGCAACAAUAGGAAGACGGAGGCUGCAGGAGGAGGAGGAGGGGGAGGGGGAGGGGGAGGAAAGGGUCAUUCAUCCAGCCUUGACCCGAGUGUUGCCCUCCAGGAAGCUGUUCUGGACUUCGAAGAGAUGCUGGAGACUUCGAGAGAGAGGAUAGGCGUCUCUGGAAGUGGAGGAGGAGGUGGAGGGGGACGGUCCAGCACCCUCCCCUCCCUUGACCUCCUCCACCACACUCCACAACAGCCCUCGCCACUCCACCACCACCACCACCUGAAGACUAGUGGAGUGGGCGUGUCCCGGUCUCACUCCCUCCCUCGACAAUGGCUGAGGCGUCCCCUGUACCCCUCCCUGUCCUCCCCGUGCCCCUCCCCCACCCCCUCCCGCACCCACAGCGACACGGAGGACAGCAGCAGGAUGGCGGUGGUGCGGGCGCUGCGGCUGGGGGGCGGGGGCGGGGGUUGGGGUCGUCCCGUCUCCACCCCGCCCCUCCCCCACCACCACUACUACCACCACUACCACCAUCACUUCCUACCUAUCUCCUCCUCCACCCCCCCUCCUCCACCCACACCUGCCGCAUCGGGGGAGGACUGGCCCGCUGUGAGUCGUCUUCGCACGUCGUCCACCUCGUCGCUGCCGCCGCCCCCUGACGUGGGUCACAUCCAGCAGGGCGGGGACGGGCGGCUGGCGGACACCCUCGCCGCCCUCAACGCCGCCCGGGGAUGUUGCACGCCCAGCCACCAAGACUUCGAUACCCUCAGUCUGGCCUCGGGGGUGUCAGGGGUCAGCACCACCACCCUGCAGUCGAUCCGGGACCAGAUGGCGACGAGCCUGGCGCGCCUCAAGGAGCUGGAGGAGGAGGUGAAGGCCAUCCCGGUGCUGCAGAUCAAGGUCAACGUGCUGAAGGAGGAGAAGCGAUUGCUGCUGGAGCAGGUCAAGGCGCUGUCCCGCGGCGAGGAGCGGCCGCCCCUGAUGCUGCCGCCCAGCCUCGAGGCGGACCUCACUGACCUGUCCGAGGACGAACUGGAGGGCCGCCUCGCCUCCCUGCGCGGCGUCCCCACUCGCCGCCGCCGCAGUGAAUCCCCUCUAAGGGUUAACCUGGAGGAGUUCAGGUCGUACCGGCGGGCGCGGCGCGGCUCCCUGUCUGAAGGCUCCGAGGCCGAGAGUGUGACGGGCGACGACUACCCGCUACGCAUCACGGAGCCCCAGGACUCCCCGCGCCGCCCCGCCCCGCCCCGUCGCUUUGGCCAAGAGUCUGCCUACAGCUUGCCGGCCACGCCGUUGCUGGGCCGCAGGAAAGCGCGUGAUGCCGCCACCAGCUGCCGCGUGCUGACCCGCGACGUGGGCGUGACGCACGUGGGCGCCAGGACGCGCUCGGUGGGCCUCAUGACUUCCAGCGAGCCGACGGCGUGCCAAGAGUGUGAGGAGCGGCGGCGCAAGACCUUCCAGCACAAGGGCGUGGUCACCGUGCCGCUGGAGGACGCGCGGCGCCGCCUCAGCCAGAGCAGCGUGUCCACGGAGAGCAUCGGGCCCGAGGAGGCGGAGCAGGAGGGCGGCUCCGGCGGCUCCCCCUCCAAGAACUCGUUCCUGGCCAAGCUGGGCCGCAAGUCUGCCAUCAUCAGCCGCCUGUCGGAGCCGCAGCUGGUGCCACCAACCCUCACCUUCGACAACUCCACCAACACGGAGCCGGUGUUGCGGCGGGACCAAGGAUGCAGCACCAGCCUGGCCGCAGCGCACCUCUACACCGCCGCCGAGCUGGCCAAGCACGUGGCCCGUGCCAAGGAGGAGUGGCAGACCGCUGAGCGUGCCAAGGACCAACUGGCUCGCUCUUCGCGACCCCUCACGCUGGACCGUGGCAUACAGGCCGCCUUGGACCUGGCGGCGCCCGCCAAGACCACCUUCCGGCCCCUGAUGCAGAGCGUGGCCAGCCAGGCACAGCCGCGGGGCGUGGACGUGGGUGUCGGCACGGCGCGCAUCACCCCGGACCCCUGCCCGCGGUGCUCCACCAUCAGGACCAAGUCGGUGGCGUGUGGCCCUUCGGCAGCCCCGGCGGCGCCCAGCCCUGUUAAAACCCGCAGCGUGGCCUCCGGCGAGCAUACGCUGCACGACCCAUGCUGCCCUGACCGCCCUGCCCCUCCCCGACGCUCCGUGGGCUGCAGCAUGGACAGACUCACCGACCGUGUGUGUGACCGCUGCGACAACCUGCGGGUGCGGUCAUUGGGGGUAGGCACGCUGCCCCUUCCCACCCCUGCCCCGCCACCUCUCGCCGAGCCGCCGCGGCCCAAGCCUCCGCUCACACACACUGCCCACACCCAGACUCGCCCGCCUGCCACCCGUACCGCCGCCGUCAACACCACGGCGCCGCUGCCCCUCAGGAAGGAGGAGGCGGCGCCGCCCAGCCCGGCCGGCACUCCGGAGGUGGAGCGGCGAGCCUUUGGCAGUUCAGGGGUGCGGGUGUGCGAUAAGUGCCACGAGGCCAUCACGUCUGUGGCCAAGGACAUCGUGGGCACCAGCGGCGGCUCUUCCCUGCCGCCCUUGCCACCGCCCCCCGUCUCCAAGAUCCCCCGCCUCGUGGACAUCACCAAGGUGGAGCCCCGCCUUGACCCGCCCCGUCCCGACUCCAGGGCCAGCGAUGGGGGCCGCGCCGACACCCCGGAGCCCCGCCCCGCUCCGGCCCCCGCCCCCCCGCCCCGCACCCGCCUCACGCCCCCCAGGAUGAUUCGGAGUGAGGCCUUACACUCCCCGAGUCACGGAGCCACCGCCUCCGCCGUCGCAACUACAACCACCACCAAGGUCGCCACCACUACAGCCGCCACCGCCACCGUCACCACUACCACGGUCACGGAGGCGGUCAAGGCAGCACCGCCGUCACCCAAGCUUCAGGGUACCAGGUUGGGCCAGGCACCGGCGGACCCCGCCAUUAAAGACGCAACACCCCCCGCUAAAGACGCAACACCCGCCGCUAAAGACGCAACACCCGCCGCUAAAGACGCAACACCCGCCGCCGCCUCCACCCCGCAGGACACCGCCACGCAGGCUAAGCGCGCCACGUACAGCCGCCAGAACACCUACACCAAGACCUCGGAGGGCGUGGUGAACCUGGGCUUUGAGGACCACAAGGGCGCGGGACACAAGCAGGCGGGCCAUGGCGGGGCGUCCACGUCUGGCGGCCCCGCCCUGCCCAGCAUCACCGAGGGUAUUACAGGCAAGUCCACCGCCUCCACCACCACCACCACCAGCAAGACCCACAAACAAAAGACAGAGACGAAGGAAGAUAGUGCCAGCAGGAAGACCCUUUCCCCAUCCCCCAGGAGCAGCGAGAGCGAGGCGCCGGUGAUCAAAGGCAGCGAGCCCAGCGUAUCGUCCUCCAGCGAGAGCGAGAGCGAGGACGAGGGCGGGUCGGUGGUGGGCGGCGCGUCGCUGUCCCUCCUGUCCCAGCUGGGCGGCGCCUCCACCUCCUCCGUCUUCACCACCGCUAGCGAGGUCAGCAGGAAGAAAGCCGUGCCGUCCCGGGAAAUGAAGGCGGCCCUCAAGGUGCUCAAUGACUCCAUCGGGAAGCCAGUUCGUUCAGGGCAGCAGCUGACCAACGCCCUCAACAUCAUACAGCGAGAGUGGCUCAAGGUGUCGAGCCAGAAGGACGCUGACCCUCACGCCGUGGAGGACUACAUGGAUGCCUUUGAAGAGUUCUCCAAGAACCUCCUGCAGCGCGUGGUCAACCUGGCCGACGUGAAUGGCAACACCGCCAUGCACUACGCUGUCUCCCACGGUAACUUUGAUGUGGUGUCAGUGCUGCUGGACUCCAAGGUGUGCAAUGUGAACCAGCAGAACAAGGCGGGGUACACAGCCACCAUGCUGGUCUCUCUGGCACAGAUUCGCUCCCAAACCCAUGCAAGCGUAGUGCAGCGACUCUUCCAGCUUGGCGACCUCAACAUCAAAGCCAGCCAGCAUGGACAGACGGCUUUGAUGCUAGCAGUGUCCCAUGGGCGGCUGGACAUGGUUCAGUUGCUAGUGGCAGCUGGGGCAGAGGUCAACAUCCAGGACGAGGAUGGCUCCACGGCCCUCAUGUGUGCGGCUGAGCACGGCCACCUCGCCAUCGUAAAGUUCCUCCUCGCCCAGCCAGACACGGACCCAACACUAAUGGACAAUGACGGCAGCACAGCCCUUGCCAUUGCAGUGGAGGCUGGCCACAGGGACGUUGGGGUGCUCCUCUACAAGCACCUCAACCUCUCCCGUGGCUCCUCCCCAUACUCCUCGGUCAGGAUCAAGAGGUCCCGCACCCCCAACACCCUCAGCCGCUCCUCUGUCACCCCCCCACCCCGAUCCUCUGCCCCAUCCUCUCCGGGGCGCUCUAGGAAGUCCUCAAACCCGGCUUCCCCUGGCAGGUCCAGAAAGUCCUCUGCCUCCCUUUCUAACCUCAUCCUCUAGAGUCUAGACACCCAGAGCAGUGGACCAGGACUCUGCCACAUCCUGACUCGUGUGUUCACCUCACAACGCAUUCACUCAUCACCUGCUUCUCAUGUCACAAGUCCAACAAUUGCUGGAACACCUUGAAUUUUAGGGAUUUUGGGUUCAUGUGUUUAAUCAGAGCAACAAAUUUUAGGGGAUUCUGGAUCAUGUGUUUAAUCAGAGGACAUUUUUAGUAUCUUUAAAUCAUUGAAAUAAAUACUUAAAAAAAUUAAAUGGAUCAGUAGCAGUCUGUGAAUGUGAAUCCAGCGGGCUGCUUGAAUUCCAGUCACUCGCAUGCCUCAUCAGGCAGUGGGCCGGACCCCCAAGACGUGGAAGCCUGAUUCACCACACAUGACACUGGGCCUUUGGCCUGACUGUUGUUAUAUUGUUAUAUUUAUGAUCAAUGUCCAUUUUUAACAAGUAAUGAUGAAUUAAUAUAUUUUUAAUAUUAUAAAUUAUGCAUUUGACUGUGGCAUUUUUUUGAUGUUCUGGAAGAUGCAUUAGUUUUAGUGCAUUUUAAUCAAGGGAGAUAGUAAGACAAAAUAACUUGUUACUUAACACUGUGGUGCAUUUAACUUUGUGCAUUGUGAAUGGAGUGUUGAUCUCCACAAUCAUCUGUAGGUAUUCUUUGCUAGCGACAGUUAUGUGCUGGUGGGGAGGGGGGGAGGGGGGAAGACCCAAGUGGCACAGCUUUAUCUGUAUACUAACUGCCUUGGUCACAUGGCCACGUGGGUCUUGCCACUCAUCAACAAGGGACACAAAAGUAAGGAACUAUGUCAUAGUUCAGGUAGAGUCAUGGAAGUGUUACAGGUUGCCUCUGAUAACUGUGUGAUAGUAACCAAGUCAGUAAACUGCACUAAUUUAUCAAUUAAAUUAGUGUUUAGUUCAGCAAGUGCCUUGGAAAUACUAGUGUUAGUUGUGUAACCAAUUUUGUACAACUACAUUAUCUGUUGAAAGUAGAACAAGGUUGUUAAAAAUAAUGCAAAAGUGUAUUGCAUGUCUGAGUGUGUGUGUAUGUGUGUGUGUGUGUGUGUGAAAUUCAUCAUGGUCUGACCAUGGAAUAGACUUACAGUCGACAGUAUGUACCCUUCUUGACUGAGUAUGGAGCUCACAAGUGAUGGAUCCCUGGGGCAGCCUAAAUCCUCACACCCACACACACUUGAGAGGUGGGACACAGUGGUAACCAGUGACUGACACCCGAUACUCAUUCACUGAUUAAAGGAGACUGCCCAUCGAUCUCCACUCCGCCUGGGAAUCAAACCCAGAACCUCUCGGCUGUGAGGCGUGUGCGCUGUGUGUGUGUGUAAUGGCACUGAAUUCCCACUUUAUCAGACAUACACAUGACCUCUGUGUGUCAUGAAAUACAGGAGAAAUUAACUGAGACCAGGAAAGGGUUUUACCGGCUCUGGGGAUCAAACCCACAAUCAGCUAAAUGGGAAACCCACUUUAACCACUCAACAGAGUGAGUUCGGAAGGCUUUCUGCAUCAGGCGGGUCAGUCACUACAUGUCUGUGUGUGUUUGUAUGCGCAUGUGAGCAUGUAUACAUGUGAAUAAUUUGAAACUAGAAAUCUGCCAAAGAUUAUAAGAAGUCUAUACAUAAGAAAAUCUAGUACUGAAUUUCAAUUUAUCACAAAUUAAGCAAAUCUUACACAAAUAUUGCUACAUGGGUUAUGUUGUACAACAGUGUUGAGUGAUUGAUUCAAAUUAAAAUUUUCGUCACAAGAUUGACAGUGACAGUGUUUGGAUUGUCAGUGCAUGGAGCAUCCUGCCACAAUGCCACAAAAGACUACAUUCUGGUGAAACAUUUGGUACCACAAAGUUAUCAACCUCUAUUGUAAACUGUUGUUUACUUGGUGUGGAACUGCACUCCAGUACCACAUGUUUUCCCGCUAAAAAUGCUAUCCACAAAACUAACAUUUGUUUUUAAUUAGUUCACAUAACCUUUGUAUUCAGAACUGGUACUUACUGUACUGAAAACUCAUUUCCAUAUAUAAGGUGCCAAUGUAACGGAUUCACGGAUAUUAUAUUAAUGGUUUCACUGCCACCACCAUCAUCACUGUCACUGCUGUUAGUCAUUAAUAAUAAGUUUAAGACUACUGAUGUUGCAGCUUGCGACUAACUUCAUUCAUACGUACGUCAUUCCUUUUCAGUCUCCUGCUAAAUGUCGAAAGUGUAUUUGGUGUGCACUUAUAGGAAGAGAGGUCCAGAUUUUGAGCUACUUAAUCAUUGCACUUAGUUCCUGUACUUUUCAAAAACUGGAAGGAGCAUUUCGAAAUAGUUUGUGAGCUUAUUUGUCCCCAGUGAUAAAAAAAUGUUUCAUAUUGGUUAAUCUAAAUCCACAUUUUUGCCAUAGACCCAGUCAGCAACCUCCACCACUCCAGUGAUCACUACAAAUUUAGCACAGUAGCUUUUUGGUCCCAGGUACAUGGCAGGUGUAGAUUUUCAUGGAUAUAUGGACUUCAUUACCAGUUACCUACACUCUGGACUCUCUUCUGCAAGUGCACUUUGUGUGUGUCCUAAAACUGUAUUUUGUGCUACACAUGCCAAGGGUAUGUAAGGAGGCCUGAGAUAAUGCAUUCAGGAGGCAGUUAGUAACCCAAUAAGAAUAAUACUUUGCUGUGAAGUGUUGGUUGUGCCAAGCUUAAUAGAAAAUUGUUACUGAA